ACUUAUACUACUAGGGUCGGGAACUCAUCUGAACAAACACUUUGACUCUCUCACACUCCACUGACUCUCUACUUCUCCCCUCUUCUACUAGUCCGAUUCGGUUUCUUGUUCAAAAGCUGCGAUUCCGUUACCGGAGAUUAAAAACCUUCAAUAGGAGAACUUAGAGCAAGUGAGUCUGAGCUAUGUCAAAAAAGAAAGCACUAGAGCUUGAUGAAGGGUUCUAUGAAAUCGAGGAUGUUAGAAAGAAAAGGGUUCACAAGGGGAAGACCCAAUACCUUAUAAAAUGGCUUGGAUGGCCUGAGAGUGAUAAUACUUGGGAACCUAUUGAGAAUCUACAAGGAUGUUUAGAUGUGAUUGCGGAAUUUGAUAAAGGCUUAUAUGAAAUUGAAGAUGUGAUAGCGAAGAGGGUUCGUAAGGGCCAGACAAUGUAUCUAAUUAAAUGGCUUGGUUGGCCUGAGGAAUAUAACACUUGGGAGCCUAUCGAGAAUCUAAAAGCAUGCUUAGAUGCUGUCUCUGCGUUCGAAAAAAGGUUACGUUCAAGAGGGCAAAAGGGGAAUCGGAAGGGUACAUUUGCUAAACCCAAGAAGACACAGAGAGUCUCAUGUAAAGAAGUUUUAGAGGAGGAAUCUACUGCGUCUGUCUGUGAGGGAUCCCCUCCGAGAAGAACAUCUUGCCAAAUAGAGUCAAAUAUGUUAUCAGGUAUUACACAGGGAUCUCCUCCAACAGAAGAAGUCCCACAAGUAUAUUCCAACAUCUCCUCACAUACUUCUCAUGGAAGUCCUCAAAACUCUGCUUCUCGUAAAAGCUCCAAGGAUCAUACGCCUGCUGAUGAUACAUCAACAGCUUGCAUGGAAGCUCCUAAUGACAAAGGAAGUCCUCUUAAAAGUGAUCUGCACUUGUUUCAAGAAGGCAAGAGUCAAUUCAGCUCCGUUCUCCUCAAAAGUUUCACUAAAACACUGGAAGAGUUAACUCCCAGGGAACAGAUUAAGGAAAAGUGGGACGGUCCGUUGUUUACGUGGUCCCAUGAAUCUUUUGGCGCCACGAAUCAUGUUGCACCAGCAGAAGAGAUGAGACCAUUUGUUGGGAGUAGUACUAAACCUGGUCCUGUAACAACAAGUAUUACAUCUAGUCUGCAGGAUAUGAAUACUUCGACUCCAGUCUCAGCCUUAUUACAAAAGCCUUUCUCAGUUUUGCAGCAAGUGCAAUUGCGUGCUCAGAUAUUUGUUUACGGUUCUUUAAUUCAAGGAGUCGCACCUGAUGAGCCGUGUAUGGUGUCAGCCUUUGGAGGAUCUGAUGGCAGAAGGAGCAUGUGGGAAACUGCAUGGAGUGUUGCUCGAGAGAAGCGUGAGGAUCAGAAGUCUCCACUCACACUCAGUAUUAAAAGUGCAAAGGCUCCUGCAGAAAAUUCAACACCUGUCCGAGCUGGUGGCAUCGGUGCUCCUCCCAGUCCUAUGAUGCUAAGUCCUUUGCCCUGGGAGAGAUGACAGAAACGGUAGAGUGCUACAAAAAAGGUCAGGGACUUGGGCUUGAUCCUUGGCUAACCUCAAGGGUGCAGGGAAGAGAUGAUACUUAGACGCAGUUUCCAUGUAAAAUGUGGCCGUGAAAAUCAGAAGCUUUUGUUGAUCAAUGGUGGGCUUUUGUAGAUAAACAUGAGUAACUACAUCCCCAGUAGGCCAGUAGAUAUCCUAGUUACUAGUUUGAGUCAAGGUUAGAGGGGACUAGUUAAAAGUAUGUAUAAAUGCAGGGAAACUACUCAUAAUAAACCAUCAAACUUCAUUGAUUGUGCUAUAUCAAUCAAACACACAUAUGAUUCCAAAUUGAAUUAUCUGUUCUUAAAAU